AUGGCGUCCCAACGCCGGCGAUCAUCUGGCGCCGCCGUCCUUCUUCUCUCUUUGUUAGUGUUCGUCCAGUCGGCCGGCGCCAUCCCUCAGGGAAUGAGACAGAACGUGGCCGUCUUCUGGGGCCGCAACAAGGACGAGGGUUCUCUCCGGGAAGCCUGCGACACCGGCUACUACAACAUCGUCAUCAUCUCCUUCUUCAGCGUCUUCGGCCAUGGCAAGUACUGGCUCGACCUCUCCGGCCACGACCUCCGCGACGUCGGCGCCGACAUCAGGCACUGCCAGUCCAAGGGCGUCUACAUGCUCCUCUCCAUCGGCGGCGACGGCGACCAGUACUCCCUCCCUUCCUCCCAGUCCGCCGCCGACGUCGCCGAGAAUCUCUACUACUCCGUCCUCGGCGGCGACCGCCCCGGCGCCUUCCACCCCUUCGGCGACGACACCAUCGUCAACGGCGUCGACUUCUUCAUCGACAACGGCCCGGCCGACCACUACGACGACCUCGCCAACCGCAUCAACGACUACAACCAGAAGAUCCGCGACCCCAUCGGCAUCAUGCUGACGGCGACGACGAGAUGCUCCUACCCUGACGCGAGGAUGAAGAAGGCUCUGGACACGAAGCUGUUCCGGCGCAUCCACGUCCGCUUCUACGACGACCCGAGCUGCUCCUACAACCACGCCGGGCUGGCCGGCGUCAUGGCGCAGUGGAACAAGUGGUCGGCGAGGUACCCCGACGGGCAGAUCUUCCUGGGGCUCGUCGCGGCCAACGUGACGGGGAAGAACGACAUGGUGGGCGUCGGGGAGCUCCAUGGGAAGCUGCUGCCGGCGGUGCAGAACACUGAUACAUACGGAGGAGUGAUGCUGUGGAACAGGUACUACGACUCGCUGACUCACUACGGCAGAUACGUCAAGAACUGGGCUUGAUUAACUCACAGGAGAAUAUAUAUAUCAAGCAAAAAUCCCAUACAUGUAUGUACUUGUGGUAAAUGUAUAUGACCGAUUGUGUUAUGUGUAUGUAGUCCUAUUGAACCUGUACUUGUUGUAAAACCCGGAAAUUAUAGGAGAAAUAAAUA